AUGAGAUCCCCCGGUCAUGUGAUUUCGCACGCUGUCUCAGAAUUCUUUCGCAAAACCGGAGUACAAGUUUAUCGACACCCGGCUUUCUUUUUCUGGAUCCCAGUGCUGUUGACGAUAUUCAGUGCGAUCGGUUUAUUUCGAUGGAAUGAGGAGAAUAGAAUUUGGUAUCUCUACUCUCCGAGCGGUGCUCCAUCUCAUUACGAGCACAAAGUAGCCAAUGAAUUUUUCGAUGAUAGAGGCGGGAAAUUUUGGCUCGAAGUCUCUAUCACCGCGCACGAUAUGGGAAAUCUGUUGAGGAGGGAACAUUUGGACAGUAUCGAUGCAUUGUCACAAUAUUUACAGUUCAACUUCACGGUCCCAUGCGCGAAAACGAUAAAAGCAACAAAAAAUUGCUCGUUCGACGAUCUGUGCUCGGGUGCUUGCAACGAUAAUCAGGUGAUCCCGAUCUUUAAUCUCAUCUACCGAAACGCCACUCAGCGUUUGCAUCCGAAUUUCCGACUAACAUUCCCAACAAUGCAUUUAUACAAUGAUGAGUACUAUGUGGGAGAGCACUUUGCUGGCGUGCAAAUCGAUCGAAAAACAAAUUUGAUCUCUCAUGUAAAGGUGAUCAUGCUCUAUUUCCGAACGGAUCGCCAGAAUAUGGUUGUCGGCGAUGCGUUGAAAAGAUGGGAAGAGAAAUUGAUCGAUUUCACGGCGAAUUACAAAAAUCCACUCUUGAACAUCUCGUCAACGAGUGAUGGAAUCGUUUCACAAGAGGUGCGUCGAAACGGGAUGUCUUGUGUUCCAUUUUUCAAUCUCUCCAUCGUCCUCGUCUUUUUCUUCAUUUUCGUCACAAAUUGGCGACAGCACUUCUCAUUAUCGCACAACGUUGUCAUGGCUUUUCUCGGCAUCGUCGGCCCGUUGAUGGCCGUCGGGACGACCUUUGGUCUACUCCUCUUAUUGGGCGUUCCAUUCAAUUCGAUCACUCUUGUCAUGCCAUUUUUGAUCAUCGGAGUCGGCUGCGAUGACGUGUUCAUCAUCAUCCACGCGCAUCGAAAAGCCGACAAGAAUACGUCGCUCGAAGAUCAAAUGGCUCAUACAAUGGAAGAAGCCGGUCCAUCAAUCACAGUCACUUCGCUCACGAAUUGCCUCUCGUUUGCCAUUGGAAUCCUCACCCCAACCCCAGCCAUUUCCCUUUUUUGUCUUUACACAACCGUGGCCGUCUUGGUCGAUUUUAUUUAUCAGUUGACUUUCUUUGUUGCCGCAAUGGUUUACGAGGAGCGCCGGGCGGCUGCACAACGAGUGAAAAUUGAGGAGAAAAUCAAGAAGACGAGCAAUGAAAAGGGCUCUAUCACCCCAGUUGACUCAGAAUAUACAAUUGUUGAAAAAACAAUCGCCAUGAAGAAACACCACAACGGAGUUGUCAGCAAAUAUUGUCGGGUGCUCAAUGGGUGGCAGACUCGUUUUCUUCUUUUUAUCGUCUUGGUCUUUUAUUGGUAUAUCUCGUACAAAGGCUGUGCUUCAAUGGAAAUCCAGAUGGACACUUCGAAUCUGAUCCUUAAAGAUUCCCCAUUGAAUGGCAUCAAAUAUAUUUAUGAGCAAUUCGUUUGGAGAGAGGGGCAAUUGAUUCUCGUCUUUGUCAACGCUCCGCCGGAUGUCUCAACGGAUCAGGGUCAACACGCGAUGUUCUCACUCGUUGACCGCUUCGAGAGACUUCCAUUUGCGAUGGGGAGAAAUUCGACCUCGUUUUGGUUGAGGACUUUCUUGUCACAGAGCACUCUCUACGUGAAUAGCAAUCAAACGUUCUACAAAUUGCUUGAUAAUUGGAUGCAGGACCCGGAAAAUGGAGGCUCACGAUGGAAUGAUAUGGUUAGAUUGAAAAAGAACGGAAAUGAAGUGAUCGGGAUACAGAAAUUCCUUUUUGCCACCGGUUACUCGAUGGGCGAGUUAGCCGGCUGGAAUACUCGAUCACAAAUACAGCACGUUUGGAGAAAUGUCGUCAACGAGUACUCGAAAUACAAUGUCACAAUAUUCCAGCCUUAUUCUUUCUACGUGGAUCAGCUCGAUUCAAUCGGCUCAAACACAGCGUCGACGGUGAUCGUCGCCGCGUUGACAAUGGAUUUCGUCUGUUUCCUGAUGAUCCCCUCGAUGAGUAGUAUUUUGUCGAGCACAAUCGCCAUGAUUUCGAUCAACGUCGGUGUGUUUGGCUUUUUAUCUUUAUGGGGAGUCAAUCUCGAUCCGAUCUCCAUGUGCACAACGUUGAUGUCAAUCGGUUUCUCGGUGGAUUUCACAGCGCAUAUCAGCUAUCAUUACUAUCGAAAUCCGAUCACGUGGACAACCGAUGAGCGAUUGGCGGAUGCGUUGAGAAAUAUUGGCUGGCCAAUGCUUCAGGCGGGCUUUUCGACGAUUUUGUGCGUGGCUCCGUUGCUUUUGGUUGACUCGUACAUGGUGCUAGUCUUCUUCAAGACGAUUUUCCUCGUCAUCACUCUCGGCCUUUUGCACGGAAUCGUUUUCCUCCCAGCUUUAUUGCUCACCGUCGGCCGAGCGCAACAGAAACCAAACUGCAAAAAAGUCUCCGAGGCUCAUUUCGAAGAGAAAACGAUUACCGAGCAAAAGAUGCCGAUUGAAUUCACGGAAAUCACAAAAGUUGAUGGAGAAGAAAAGCCAGAAUCACCCCGAAAACAGGAGCGAUCUAGUGGA